AUGUCUGCCUAUUUUAUCUACCCGCGCAACAUUACGCCGGCAUAUAUCAUGACCAAUCCAGAAAACUGCAUCGAGGACUUUAGCCCUGAAGCGUUUCCCAUGCGUAGACCAAGAAACUACACAGAACACCACAUCAAUCACGAAGAUGAUAUCCAGAUUCUCACGGAGAUUCGACAUGACCUACAACGAUUUGGUCACUUUAGUCACCGCAUCAAGGGCAAUCUUAGCCACCUUUUCAUCGCGUACAUGGUUUUGGUCCGCAACUCUCUCAACAAGAUUCAGGUCUGGCACCAAACCGAGCUCGCCGCCAUUGACGAGACCAUGGCUGCCAUGCAUGCAGAAAUUGAUGCCUCCCACUCCUGCCACAUGUCACUCGCCUAUUUCAGGGCCAAGAUGGACGUCCGAAGCACCAGGCGGGGCCUCCUCCAAGGCACCGCAGAGCUUCUCAAGGACCGCAGGGAGCAGCUCAUCAAUGCCCAGGACAUGAUGUACCGCCAGCUCAUCAUAAACGCCUACCUCACCAGCGAACUGAGCUGGAACGGCAACAGAUAUUGCGUCGACGGUGUCCGCCAAGGGCGCUUCAUUUCGAGAGACCCCAUCCUGCCACAACACCUAACAAGAAAUGCCGACGAGACCAAAGACGGGUACUACGAGCUUCGGCUCAAAUGGGUCCCUAGCCCCGGCGCCACCAAAUACCCGGCGCAGCUCUGCAUUCAUCGCGUCAGGGACGAACGAUUCGCCCUGCAAGAGGUUGUAUGGGGAGACUUGGCCAACUAUGAAGAUUGCUUGGACCGCGAAACCAUCACAGUCUUUGCCCACAUCUGCUGCAACUGGGUCGCACACGAUCAGGGCAUGGAUCGCUUCGAUAAAGAACGCGCCGAAAUAGAUGAAGCGAGAUAUAAAAGAUCGCUUCCUCCUUGGAAAAGACUCACCUAUAAAGCUGGUGACUACCAAAAGACUCUGGCGGCCUCUACCUAG